UCCAUUCUCGCAGCCGCGGCUAAGCUCGCGUUGUACGAAUCCUCACUUCUUCGCAUAGGUUUGUGGCUCCCCAAGAAGCCUUGCAGCUGAGUGGGUGAUGGUGGUAGGCACGGGCAAGCUUCGCCAGGGAACUUUGCCAGCGGAACAGGCUCGAUGGAAAAAUAUGAGAUCCUUGGACUUGUGGGAGAAGGAAGUUAUGGAAUGGUGAUGAAGUGCAGAAACAAGGAGAAUGGUAGAGUUGUUGCCAUCAAAAAAUUUUUGGAAAGUGAAGAUGAUAAAAUGGUUAAAAAAAUUGCCCUGAGAGAAAUAAAAUUUCUCAAGCAAUUAAGGCAUGAGAACUUGGUGAACUUGCUGGAAGUCUGUAAGAAGAAAAAACGUUGGUAUCUGGUGUUUGAAUUUGUAGAUCACACAAUCCUUGAUGAUCUUGAAAUGUUUCCCAAUGGCUUGGAUUAUAACAGAGUUCGAAAAUACUUAUUUCAAAUUAUAAAAGGGGUAGGAUUUUGUCAUAGUCAUAAUAUCAUACACAGGGAUAUUAAACCUGAAAACAUAUUGGUGUCCUGUUCGGGAAUUAUCAAACUCUGUGAUUUUGGAUUUGCUCGAACGCUGGCAGCUCCUGGUGAAGUUUACACAGAUUAUGUGGCAACACGAUGGUAUCGAGCUCCUGAGCUGUUAGUUGGUGAUAUCAAAUAUGGCAAGGCUGUUGAUGUGUGGGCCAUUGGCUGCCUGGUAACUGAAAUGCUUACAGGAGAGCCCCUUUUCCCUGGAGACUCGGAUAUUGACCAAUUAUUCCAUAUUAUGAAAAGUCUAGGUAACUUAAUUCCAAAGCACCAGGAGUUAUUCUACAAAAAUCCUCUCUUUGCUGGAGUGAGAUUGCCUGAAAUCAAAGAGUUAGAACCUCUUGAAAAACGAUACUCAAAGCUCUCCAUUGCAGUCAUAGAAUUUGCAAAGCAAUGCCUGCAAACUAAUCCAGAAAAGAGGCCAUCUUGUAAUGAACUGCUGCAAUGCAACCUUUUCUGCAAAGAUGGAUUUGCUGAAAGAUUUGUUCAAGAACUUAAAAUCAAGAUUCAGAAAGAAAAAGAACAUUCUGAACCCAAGAAACCAAAAAUAAAUAAGAAGGACAAAGAUGAUAUAGGUGAUGAAAGAAAAAUGCUUUUAAUCCAGGAUUUAGGUGUGAAUUCAAAGCUCAAAGACUCCAAGCUGUUCAGAAUGAAAGUAUCUAAGGCCGACAUACUGAAAUCUGAAAGAUCAUCACGUAUGAGUUUCCUGUAUGAUAACAGUGUUGGACAAUUUAAUACAAUUCCAAUAUAUCUAAAGGAUUCAAACAGUAGCCUAGAAUAUGUGAAAAAUCCAAGCAUGGUAAUUCCUCCCAUUGCACAGAAUUAUUCCACCACACAAUCCAGCAUCGAUGGGACCCCCACAAUGGGGACAACAUUGGCAAGCCAUAAUUACAGAACUGAUGAGAAAACCAAAACAUAUUUCAAUCCUUGUAUCAAGCAAGGGAAAAAAUCACCAGCAGGUCACUAUAAUGUGAACUUAACAGCAUCGAUGCCUAAAGAGAAUAAUGCUCUUCAGUCCCUCAAGAAAAAGUGGGAAUUUUCUAAAGCAGAUGUCCAUUUGCCAGAGCUUAAUUAUAGCCAUCUCCCUGAACUCAAAGGCGUGGAUGUUUGGAAUUCCAGAUUUCUAAAGAAAGAAAACAAAAUUGUUCCAGAGUCUCGCAUGCCAUCUCUUGCCACAAUAGAUCUUCACAAUCCAAACUUGGCUCUGCAUCAGAUAUCUGGAAGCUCCUUGCAAGAUACCUCAGAAGCCUCCUUCCCCAAGGUAGAGCAUUAGUAACAAGCUGAAUGGGCAACUCUUACAUGAUUCCCAUUGAUCACACGUCUGCAUCACUUUUACACCCUUAUGGAGGUACUUUGAAAUUGGGGAGGAAGAGGCAGUUGCUAGCAUUUUGCUGUAGCUAAGAUAAUGGCAGUAAAAGGAAAAAAAUGAUUUUAUGUUAACUAGCACUAUGGUACUUAAAGCUGCUAUUUCUUUUAUAAUGUGAUGUGCAUGAAGAAAAUAAUCUACAAUUACUCAUUUCAGUGAUCUUGAAGAUCUCUAAAAGUUGAAGAUAACAAUUAAACAGAUUUAACCAUUUAUAUGAAAUUCUCCCAUUUCCUCAGUGCUGAUUCAGAUUUUCUAUAGAAAAGCUGUCUGUCAUUAUACAGUAAAUCACGCUUUUGAAGAAUCUUUCGUACUGGCUGUUCACAUAUUAUGAUAAAUGACAAACAAAUCAGACAUAGGUAUCCAUGGAGCCAUUGAUGAAACAUAUAUCAAAAUAUUGCGACACAAAACUUAAGCCCUUACAUACUUUCAUUCACCAUUGCAAUAUAAAUAUGAAAGGAUAGACAUUUCAACACAUAUUUCAAAAUUUUGGCAUCAUCAUGGCUAUUUGUACAUGCCUGUGAAAUUGCAUAUGACUUAGCAUUAAGUAUGAGGACAAGCAUGUAAGUACUUUAGACAGGGAAGGCAGAUUUUACAAAAUUGUCUUACACUAAUAGGUACUUUACAAGCAUCAUUUUUUAAACCUUUUUAUUUCAAACUCCUUGCUAUGCAAAUUGCAAAUUGAAUUGAAAUCAGGGGAAGGCCAUUGACUUGAUACCUUAAUCUUUAACUUUCUUUUGAGUAUAAAUUCAGUCCUGUGAAAGCCAGAAUUUUGGACUAAAAGGCCUUAGCUCUGAUCUAGCAGGGAGCGGGAGAUGGUGGUUUAGAAAUACAAAAUAUAAAUAAAUAAAAUCUUUUACAAACUCCUAAAGCAAAACAAAAUUAGUAUAAGUUUUCAUUGAAAUAAAUCUACUGUGAAUUCAUAUCAGUGAAACUCUGGGUUGAUUCUGACAAUCUAUAGUAGGGGUCUCAAACUCAAGGCCCAUGGGCCGGGUACAGAACACACUGCGGCCCACGGGGCCACCCUGGAAACAGCGAAGGACUGCCCACGGUGCUUCUGCCAACGAAAAUGGAGCUCGAAAGGGCCGCAUUCGGCCACAUCCAUUUUCACUGGCAGAGGGUUGCAGUAGGCCGCCACACAGCCCUCCUCAGCUACGUUUUUGCUGGCGGAGGGUUACAGGAGGCCGUUGCAAUCGAAAACAGAGCUCAGGAGCCCAUUUUGCUGGCAGAGCACUUGGGCCACCACAGGCACCCUCGACAUAAGUGACACCGAGCUGGCCACACUCACCUUGGACAUGCCCAACCCUGGCCCUUCCCCCUUAGAUCAAACACAAUCCUGAUGUAGCCCUCAAUGAAAUCAAGUUUGACACCCCUGAUAUAUAGCCAUAAGAUUAGCAUUUUGUAUGAAUCUUGCCAGUAAUGUUUUAUUCAAGAGAGCAUAGUUAUGUUAACUGUGACUGGACACAAUACGCAAACAGACCUAGUAAUGGCAUUUUAGGAAAAAGAGAAAAUAAUGCUUUGAUAAAAAAUAAAACUAUUGUUUAAUACUAUUUUUAUGCUUUUGGUUAAAAUUCCUCAGUUACAGCUUAUAUUUGCAAUAUCUAUGACAAAUACUUUCCUCCCAUAAUAAAUUAACUUGGAUGAAUUAGAAAAAAAUCUGAUAUGAACUGAUUAGUACUUGGAUAAAAGAUCAUCAAGACAUUUCAAGUUUGUAGACCCUGGAAAUUUGGAAAAAAAUAAUCACCAGUCAAGCUCAGCGAUGAAGUCACCGCGAGUCAAACUCAACUCAAGGGAUAUUUUUCUUUGUAUAAGCUUUCUAUCAAGAUUGAGAGAAUGCUUGUAGCUAUUCAUAGCUCUAUGUCUCUCUAGUCAUUUCCUGGUUUUCACUGAAUUAUCUUCAUUGUAACUAUGUAGUUACAAGCAUGCAUUCAAGAAAAAUCAGCACUCUUAAUGUUUGAAAAUUGGGUCUCUAUAAACUACCUUUGAUCUCCAUUUACACUUUAAUUACCCUUGGUUCAUAGAUCUCACUAAAUUUUAAUGUUCCUAAUUCUUUAAUACCAUGAUCCUUGCACGAAAAUUGAAGUUAACGUUAUUUGAAUAGUAAUUUUUUCUAACACUGCACCCAAAUAAUGUGAAUUGAUCAUUUCUAAAGCAUUCUUAUAUAAGACGUGUUAUUGAAGAUACUUAAACAAUGUGUUGUAAAUAUCAGUGUUUGUAUAUAUUUGCUCUUAUAACUCUUCAAAGCAUUUAGAAAUUCUGGGUAUUGUUACUGUUUUGAGUAAACAGAUAUCUAACAUUUUUAGUUUCCAGAUAAUAAUAAAAUUGUAGUAAUUGUAAUUAUUAGAAUAUCAGUGAUAUUUCAUAUCUACAGCAAGAGUGGGCAAUCUGAGCAUCAUGUGGCUUGCCUUCACACACACACACACACACACACACACACACACACACACACACACACACCAGUUUCCCAUUGACUGCCCUUCCAGAUUGAACAAAAUUUAACAUUACAGAACCACCAUUCUUCCAUUUUGGUGAUAUAGGAAAAUUUAAAGACAAAUCCAGUGCUUUGUAGUAUCAACUACAUUGCUUAAAAAUGCCUGUAUCUCUCCUUCCCAUGCAUACAUAAUUUUUUGUGAGUAUAGAAAUGGUCUCCUCAAAGCUUAAGAUAGCAGUCCAAGUCUUAACCUUUCACCAAAGAAGAGAUAUAUCACUGGCUGUAUCUCCUGAAACUCCCAGCAGGCAAAAUAAAUAAAUAAAUAAAUAAAUACCAGCUCUGGUCUGCAUAGACUUGCAGUAGUUUAAUACUGAUUCCUUCUUUCUAGGAAAUAGCAGGAAAAAUGGAUUCACUACACUGCUGUAUAUUUAGCACUCCAUAAGGGAUGUGGUGGCUCAGGGGCUAGGACAUUGAGCUUGUUGAUCGAAAAGUCAGCAGCUCAGCGGUUCGAAUCCCUAGUGCUACCGUGUAACGGGGUGAGCUCCCGUUACUUGUCCCAGCUUCUGCCAACCUUGCAGUUUCGAAAGCACGUAAAAAUGCAAGUAGAAAAAAUAGGGGCCACCUUUGGUGGGAAGGUAACAGCGUUCCGUACGCCUUUGGCCUUGAGUCAUGCUGGCCACAUGACCAUGGAGACGUCUUCGGACAGCGCUGGCUCUUCGGCUUUGAAACGGAGAUGAGCACCGCCCCCUAGAGUCGGCAACGACUAGCACGUAUGUGCGAGGGGAACCUUUACCUUUACCUUACCUUUAAGCUAGAGUUAAUUUUUAAAAAGGCACUUAAAUUUUAUUUGUAGAUAUGUCCUUUGUGUUUACUAUUGUAAUUGUAAAGGCGUCAUAAGAAAUACAGAUUUAUUUUCUGUGAUAUUGAUGCUGAUUUGGAAGCCAAUGGCAAUGUGAAGUUUCUCUUACUUGUCACUAAACGUUUUGUAAAACAUAAUGAAGGAAGCGGGAUUCUGCAACAACUGCAAAGGACUUGAUGUUUGAAUGCUGCUUGCUGGAAUUUUUAUGAGGAAGUAUUUUCUACUUUGGCCUCAGCAUUUUAAUGAAACAAAUCAAUUCUUUUAAAAAUAUGGAUGGAUAUAAAGGUAAAUGUUUCCUCUGUCCAGUUGUGUCCUACUCUAGGAGACAGUGCUCAUCUCCUUUUCCUAGCAGAGGGAGCUAACAUCUGAAGACAUUUCCAUGGUCAUGUAGCCAGCAUGACUAUAUGCCGAGGCACAUGGAACACGUAUUUUCCCACCAAAGUGGUGUAACUUCUGUAUCCUCCCACCAAAGUGGUACCUAUUUAUCCACUCACAUUUGCAUGCUUUCUAACUGUUAGGAGCUGGGGCAAGGAGUUCACCUUGUCGCACAGCACUCAGGUAUUGAACCCAGGCUGUCAGCUUUCCAGCUGACCAGCUCAGAUUCUUUAACCGUUGAGCCAUUGUUCCCUCUCCCCCCGGUGAAUACAAUUGUUUAUUAAUUAAAAAAUGGUAUAUUGAAUCAUAGCCAGACGAGUGAUAAAAGAGCUCUUUAUAGCAGUUAGAUAGCUUAGUAGAAAACCAUUGUUGAUAUGAAAGACUGGAGUUUCAAUCCCGGCUGGUACCUUCUUGCCAGUAAGAGUCCUUGGCAAAAAAAACCCUAAUGCUUCAUCUGCCUAUCUCAAAAUAUGAGUUACACAAACUAGAAGAGUCAUGCUGGCUUGGACGUUACCUAGAUUAAUAUGGUCCACAUUAGUUAUUGAGGAACAGGACAAUUGUUAAUAGAUGGGCUACUGGAACUAACCAUUCAUGGACAUGACAACAGAACCUGGAAUUGAUGGAAUGCUACCACAAUAUAGACUUAAUAAGUAUAUGAAAUGCAUGAGGGAACUGCAACCAUACUAACUGAGAAAAGCUAGUUACCCAACACUUCAACAUAUUGUGAAGCAUGUAGCUGAUCUAUCUCACAAUUUGAGAUAGAUCAACUACACAUUUCAUCCUAAAUUCAAGAAGACUUGGAAGAAGAACUGGACAUGUACCCAACACCUGAAAGUGGAAUGUCAUUAUCACCUCUCCUUUACAAAGUACAACAGCGGAUAUGAGGCAUAAGAUCACAGAUAAACUAGCUACAAUCACCUGAGAGUGGUUACCAAGGCUCAGCAGAGAAAUACCAUCAGAUAAUACAUUAGAAGCCCUCACAACAAUCCUUGAUAUCACAAUUAGUCAAACUAAUGAAUUGGUAUAUGCGACAGUCAACUGUGAUCCUAUAUUUGGCUUCACAAUAAGAAAAACAGUAAUACAUACUCUCUCUGGAAAUGAGGCUAGAGGCUAAGAUCAAGAUAACUCGUAAAGAGGCAAGUUAACUGGUGGAAUUACAGAAAGGUGUAAAGAUUAGGGAUAAGAUUAGGCUUCUGAAAAUGUACAAAGGCCUGACUCUAUCUGAAAUCUUUGAGAUGGAUAACCAAAGGCUACAGGUUACCAGACCAAGAAGAUAGAGAAGCAGAGGCCAAGAAGAUAAAUGCCUUGUUCUCCAAAGAACCAUCCAAAGUGUGCUCCCGAUUGCAGUGCAAUAACAGUAACAAUAGAGCUACCAUUAGCAGAAACUGGACAGUACUGGAAGAACAUAUGGGAGAAAGAGAAGACAUAAAACAUCAAUGUAAAGUGGCUGAAGGACCUGCAGCACAUCACAGUAGUCUUCCAGAACAAGAACCAGUCACCAUCACAGUUGCAGACAUUCAGCAGCAGGUUAAGAACAUGAAGAGCUGAGUAGCACCAGGCCCAGAAACGAUCCAUACCGAUUGACUAAGGAACCUAACAGCGGGGCAUGAAUGCCUAGCAUCACAAAUGUAUCAGCUAGCAGCAGGUUCCCACCCACACUGGCUAACACAAGGAAGGACAGUAUUGAUCAUGUUCCCAUAAGGGAACAGCAAUGAUCAACCACUGGCCAAUAACCUGCCUCCACACAACGUAUAAAGUCUUAUCAGACAUUAUAGCCACCAAGCUACAGAACCACAUGGGCCAAUAUAUGAACUCAGCUCAGAAGAGCAUUGGGAACAACACCAGAGGCUCCAAACAUCAGAUGCUCCUAGACAGAGCAGUUGCCCAAGAAUCAAUUCUAGACAAUUUAAGUACAGCCUGGAUUGUCUACAGGAAAACCUACGACUCAAUGCCGCAUGCAUGGAUCUGUGAAUACCUGGGGUUACACAAAGUCAACAAGACACUUUCCUCCAAAACUCAAUGGGACUAUGGAAGACAACACUGGAAAUCAGCUCAAGACAGUUCAUAUAAGUGAUCACCACUGCUGUUCCAUGAACUCCUUCAGCCAGAUAAUGACAGGGACUGGAUAUGGAAUCAAGUUCAAGAGUAGAACUACUGUCAGCCACUUCCUCUACAUAAAUUACAUCGUUGUAUGCUAAGAGUGAAUGAGACAUCAACUCACUGAUCUACCUGACAUGGAUCUAUAGUGAGGAUAUUUGGAUUGGAGAGGUAUGGCAAGUUGGUGAUAAAGAGAGGGAAAGUUUCCAGAAAAACAACUAAGUGUCGAGAGCCCAAAGUGUACAAAUUCUACAUAUUUCCUAUUUUUUUCCUCUUUUGCUCAUCCUUAUUAUUCAUUUCAUUCCUUGAUUGUAAUUUCCUGUCUCUAAUUUUUUUCCCCAGGCCUUUCCUUUCUCUUCUUAUACCCUCGUAUUUAAAUUAGGAAUGCCCAACCCAAUGUCAUAUUUCCCAAUAUGUGAAAAGAUACAUAUUUUGAUUUUCUUAAGAGUAUAUCCCUUGAAUUCAAAAGGACAUUGUAAUUAAUUAAUGGAGAUUUAAUUUUAUUGUUUCUUUUCUAACUGACUUUUUUAUGACUUUUUUUUUGCAUAAGAGGAAAUACUUCUGUCUUACCUCCUAUAUCAAAUAGGAAUAUUAUCUUUUACUGUGGAAAUAGUACGCAUAUUUGAUGCAUAUUUUUAACUGAUAAUUUGUUAAAUGAUGUGAAUAAAACAAUUCAGAGAUUAGAAAAAUAAUAUAUAUUUUAAAGUGCAUCUGCUGUCCAGAGACAUUUUUAAUUAAAACAAGUUUUUGUUUUAAUUAAUUUGCUGAUGGCAUUGUUUUCAUAUGUGAACCUUGUAUAUGUGAUUUUGCUAUUACAGUUUAUGGCACAUGAACAUAAUUAUGUUUGUAGAAAAAAUAACUAGCCUUUGAAAAAAACUGUCAUUAUUGGGUAGAGCGUAGGCUAAUAUUUGUGUUUGAUCUUUCAUAUGAACGAAAACAUAAAUGCUAUCAUUUUUAUCCAAGUACUGACCUCUCUUACAUAACCACAAAAUACCAUUCUGAUUUCAACAUUUAAAUAACCUAUAAUUUCUAAGCUCUGUGGCUUUGCAAUGUUCAAACAUGUAUUCCUUAUUGUGUAGAUAAAAUAUUAAUUAAAUGUCUGUCUCAUGUUUAAACAGAGAUUAAAAAUCAGUGAUACUAAAGCAGAAACAAGUGACUUAAGAGGGUGAAUUAAUGCCUUGAAAUAGGUGAGAGGCAGCAAUGUGCCUGCUUUUUAGGUUUCCCCUACAUCAAUUACACUGGACCUACUUUUCCUUACUAUGACUAAAAGUGGGGAGCAUCUGCAUUUAAUCGGGGAAAGAGCUGAAAUAAGUGGGGCUCUUCGUCCACUCUCCUGCUCUGCUCUCCCCCCAAUGACCAUUUGUAAAGGCUCACCAAGUGAAUUCAAAAUUGGGUAAAACAGGAUUCUGAGGAAACAAUUCCUUUUCUCUAUGCAGGGAAGGGGAUAGUGUAUCACCAUUUCCCAUCCUUGCAUGGAGCAUUUACUAAUAUCUGGACAGGUCUGCCUGAAUAUAACUUCUUAUAUAUGUGCUUGUUCCAAGUUAUCUAUCACUUAAUAUUCUUACAGAUCUUUGUUACUCAUUUAAAUAUGUGUCGCUGCAUACUCAUGCAUCUUUCUGCUUUUAGUCUUCAUAUAAGCAAACUGAAAGGUUGAAAAUGGCUUCAGUUGUGAAUGUUUCUUGCUCUACCAUUUUUUAACCAACCGAAAUAGCAGUGGAGACUGCAAUCAAGUGAGAGUGGAUGGAGAUGCUUGACUUUUAUUUUGGAAGAUCUUUCUACUCAAUAUUGUUCUCCAUUCCUCCUAAGUAUCAACUUAAACUAUAUUCCUCUUCCUAGACCAGUAUUUAAUAACUUAGAUAUUAAAUAAAAUUGUGAGGUAAGCCCAUAUUAUAUGGAGAAGCAUAUACUCCAUCAUUUUAUAAUUCCAACACAAGUGAUAGCUAAUCCUUUAUAACCUGACACAACAUACACACAAAUGCCAUCUCGUAAGAUAAUUGCACCAACUUGAUUUCAGGAUGAAAUCAGAGGCCUGAAUUCUAAAUAUCGAUUAAUAGUCUAAAAUUAUUCACCAUUUUAUAAAAUUGGGUUGUACUGUAUGGGCAAUCAAAAGUCAUGUUUUUUGUAAUUCUACAUAUCUAAAUGUAUUAGCAUCAGCAUUUAAUAAGGAAGCUGAAUCUAUAACCAGCCUUCAACCUCCUUUUUUCUGAGCCUCCUUGAAGGAAGUCAGGAAAAGAAUAUUAUUCCACACUUUCAACAAUGCAGAGGGGGGAGGAAAUCAAUGUAUGACCCUUAUUACACAUUAAGAUAGCUUCAACAGAGGGACCUUUUUCUAUUUUCAUGGAUAAAAUAUAUUAUUUCCCAGGAAUGAAAUAUGCAGCUAAAAACAUUGCUUGAUCUCAUAUGUAUGGAAAAGUUAUAGCAUUUGUAAAAUGAUUAAUUUCAGCUUCAGUAAUCUUUGACUAUUAUAAAAGUGAAUAUGUAAAUCAAAAAGCAGGUGUAUUUAGAUUGGAACUAUUACAUAA